CGACCACAUCCCACCACUUCCAAGAUUCUUGAUCUCUCGUAUUAUUUUUCCUUCCUACUUCUCAUAGUUUUUGGGCAGUGUUGUCUGAUUAGAAUUGAACAUGGAAGCCAAAAUUUGGUCUGCAUGUCUUUCGUUGCUCGUAUUCGUUUAUGUUCUAGCGAAAAUACUCCGACGUAGAAAACUGAACUUGCCGCCCGGCCCGAAACCCUGGCCCGUGAUAGGGAACCUAAACCUCAUAGGCUCUCUCCCACACAAAUCCUUACACGAACUCUCCCAGAAAUACGGGCCCUUAAUGCACCUCCAAUUCGGGUCCUGCCCCGUGGUGGUGGGCUCCUCCGUGGAAAUGGCCAAGGUCAUCCUGAAAACGAUGGAUGUUAACUUCUCCUCACGGCCGAGAACUGCCGCCGGGAAGUACACCACCUAUAACUAUUCGGACAUCACGUGGUCGCCCUACGGCCCGUAUUUGAAACAGGCCCGGAAAAUGUGCUUGACGGAGCUUUUCAGCAAUAAGAGGCUUGAAUCCUACGAGUACAUCCGGGUCGAGGAAAUCAACUCUAUGCUAAAAAGCCUGUACAAAUCCUCGGGUCAACCCAUUUUUCUGAAGGAUUAUCUGUCGACAGUGACCCUGAGCGUGAUCAGCCGCAUGGUUCUGGGGAAGAAGUACCUGGACAAAGACAAUGAGAACGCGGUGGUUUCGCUGGACGAGUUCAAGAAAAUGCUGGACGAGCUGAUUUAUCUGAAUGGGGUGAUCAACGUGGGGGAUGUGAUUCCCUGGCUCAGUUUCUUCGAUUUGCAGGGGUAUGUGAAGAGGAUGAAGAUUGUUAGCAAGAAACUUGACAGGUUUUUGGAACAUGUUCUCGAUGAGCAUCAGGAGAGGAGGAGGAAAGUCGAGGGGUAUGUGAGCAGAGAUAUGGUGGAUGUUCUGCUCGAGCAGGCGGAGGAUCCGACUUUGGAGGUCAAGAUGGAAAGGCAUAAUGUCAAGGCGUUAACUCAGGACUUGCUAGCUGGUGGAACUGAAAGCUCAGCAGUGACAGUGGAGUGGGCAAUCUCAGAACUCCUAAAGAAGCCUGAAAUUUUCAAGAAGGCAACCGAAGAGAUUGACCGUGUCAUCGGACAAAAUAGGUGGGUUCAAGAAAAGGAUAUGCCUAACCUCCCUUACGUAGAGGCCAUUGUCAAGGAAACCAUGAGGCUCCAUCCAGUCGCACCACUUCUCAUGCCUAGACUCGUGCGUGAAGAUUGCAAGGUAGCUGGAUAUGAUAUCAAAAAGGGGACCCAAGUAUUUGUGAACACAUGGACGAUUGGGACAGAUCCAUCACUAUGGGAAAACCCCACAGAUUUUUGUCCCGAGAGAUUUAUCGAAAAGGCGAUCGACGCCAAGGGACAUGACUUUCAAUUCUUGCCAUUCGGGUCGGGCCGAAGAAUGUGCCCAGCCUACAGUUUGGGCAUGAGAGUGAUUAGUUCGAGUCUGGCUAACCUCCUUCAUGGGUUCAACUGGAAGCUACCGAAUAAAAUGCGACCUGAAGAUUUGAACAUGGAGGAAAUUUUCGGGCUUUCAACUCCGAGAAAGUUCCCUCUUGCUGCUGUGGCAGAGCCCAGGCUGCCACCUGAGGUUUAUAACCUUUGAUAUUAAAGUUUCAUGAUCUUGUUCAUGUGUUGUGUUUAAUACAAAGAUGAUAAUAAGGAUGACAUAUCUUCACAAAGAGAAAAUUAGUUGUUGAAUGAGAGGAGAUUGUUGGUGAAGUUGAUUUAUGUGAAUUUAUAUGCUUUGUUAUAUUAGUAUAUAUGUUAUUAUUGUUCUGUAUUUAUUUUAUAUGUUGAAAUCAUGAUGUUUUUAGAAUGGUAACCUGAAGCAAAUUCUUGGCUCAAUGU